AUGUCUCCAUAUACACGAAUAUCAGUCACAGAAGCUCAUGAAAAAAGAAGGAAUACCCAUUCCAAUGGAGAUACUACCGGACAGAAAGACCACAGGGACCUGACGAUCCCGGUCUAUAUGGAAAAGGUUAUGGAACAUGAGGAGAAGUGGCGGCUCACUAUGGCUGUUGACCGAGAGAGAUAUCGACCGACAAUCAAGAUUCGAGAUGUCAAGGAUCCCCAGGGCCUUCCCAACGUCAUCUACGAGGCUGCGCUUCAGGAAGUGUUCGAGUUCAGUCUGAGCACCGGCAUCACUGAGGAGUUGCUUACCGACAUAGCGCAGAGCUUCCACUUGGGCAAGGUCUCCAAGGAGAGCUUGAGAGAAGUCAUCCAACGCCUUUUCAACAUCUUUCGGGACAAGGAAGCACUCAGUCUGGAAACAGAUCUUUUGUUUCUCAAAGAUGGAACGUUUAUGUGCAACAACUCGGAUUUCUUCUUUGACGACGCAGCGCGGGCGCGACAACCAAAGCUUUUUUCUCUGAGGGAUAAGGGACAGGAGAUCCCGGAAGAAGUGCGAGCUGAAAAGCACGGGCUGGUGUAUGUUUAUAUGAAUGGAAACAUUGGAAACGUGGUUAAUGGUGCGGGACUUGCCAUGGCGACGAAUGAUGCGAUUAGUCUGUAUGGAGGUUCGAGUGCGAAUUUUCUUGAUGCUGGGGGGCAAGCUACAAAGGAGACGAUGCUGCAGGCUUUCAAGAUCAUCAUGUCCAAUAAGCGAGUCAAGGCGAUUCUGGUCAACAUCUACGGCGGAAUCACAAGGUGCGAUAUGAUUGCAGAGUCCAUCAUUGCAGCGGCAAGCGAGCUGGGUCCCUUGAAAGUCCCCAUGGUAGUCAGAUUGCAGGGGACAAAUUCGGAGGCUGGACUUCAGCUGCUCAAAGAUGCUACCUUGGGUAUUCAGGUUGAGGCAGACUUUGGAAAGGCGGCUCAGGAGGCAGUCAGGUUGGCUGACAUAGGCGAGAAAGCUGAGAAACUCCGGAUGAAGCGCCAGAGUAUUCCUGAGCUUGAAGAGGAUAGCUAA